AUAGAUGAAUUUUUGAAUAUUCUUAUACCUCACUCAUUUUUCCUCUGAAAACCACGUACUUUAUUUUGCAGCUGUUUCAAUAAAGUUACAACUUUUAGCUUUGAUUAAAAGCCUUUCAUGAAGCAAGUUGCUGACUUAGCUAAAAUGUCAACAGCUUUUUAGUUGUGUUCCUCAUUUAAUUAAUUUCACAGCAUUAGGCGAGCUAUUUAUGCAUCAUUAACUUUUAAAUUAUAGUUAAUUAAAAUGUGGUUUUAAAACUCAUGUUCAGCUGCCUUUCGUACCAGUUUAAUUAUAAAUUUUAAGCACAACAUGUAUGUGUAUAAUCUGCUUUUCGUUCUAAUCGUUUUUAGCUCCUGUGCGAAAUCCUUUAAUUAUACAAGCUGCGAUCACGCAAAGCAGCCAAAGUUUUUGAGCUCAUGCUGUGAUGUUCAAAAAAACGACAAGGCCAUCAAAUCGUGUCGCAAGUCCUUGCUGAGCAAUAAUUCAACCAAUUCGAAUGGGGAAGUGCGCAAUCUGAAGUCGGAUAAGGUGGCUUUGCAUGCGUGCAUUGCAGAGUGCUCCUUCAGGACCAAUGGCUUCUUGCUGAGCAAUGGCACUGUUAAUACCCAGGCAUUGCAGAGGAGCUACCAGCAACGCUACAAAAACGAUCCGAACAUGUCGCAACUGAUGGUGAAGAGCCUCAAUAGUUGCACGGACUACGCUAGGAAGCGGGUGCAGCAGUUCGAAUGGAUGCCCAAGAAGGGCGACUGCGACUUCUAUCCUGCCACCUUGCUGGCCUGCAUCAUGGAACAGGUCUACAUCAACUGCCCGACCAGCAAAUGGAAGAACACCAGCGAUUGCACAGCGAUGCGGAAAUAUUUGGUUGCCUGUGAUGAUGUGGCCAGUAAUAAGAAGAAAUAGCCAUUGCACAUAUCCAAUUAUAUCCGAAUAUAGCAUCAACAUUAACUUGUUCAUUUAUUCAGCCUCCACUUGGAAGGUCAAUUUAGCGAGAUCGGCCAUUCCGCACUGAAUUACAUCGCCUGCCUUGAACGCAUCGGCACCAUUUGGCGUUCCGGUCAGGAUCAGAUCGUUGGCCUCUAGGGUCAUGUACUUGGACACGUGGGAAAUAAUGUCGGGCACCUUGAAUAUUAAGUCUGCAGUGCACCCGCUUUGCUUAAGUUCUCCAUUGACGGUGAGC